UCUUGUUUCCGGUCGGACCUAUUUACAGUCGCAGCCGGAAGUUGCUCCCAUGUGUUCGAAAGGGUCCCCGUGAAGUCUCUCGUGUGCAGAUAAAUCAAAUUUUCCACGUUUAAAAUCGCAAAUUAGCAGUCGUUUGGGGCAGCUUUGUCGAAAGGAUGGCGGAGAUCGUGCAGCAGCGGAUCGAGGACCGGAUCCCGGAGCUGGAGCAGCUCGAGAGAGUGGGUCUGUUCACCAAAAAAGAAGUCAAGUCCGUUGUAAAGAGGGCAACAGCUCUAGAAUACAAGCUUCACAGGAUGAUAGUGAACAAGGAGGAUUUCAUUGCAUACAUUCAGUAUGAAAUCAAUGUUUUAGAACUGAUAAAGAAGAGGAGAGCACAUAUAAACUACAACUUCAAACGAGAGGAGAUCGAGUUCCCAAUCAUCCACAGAAUAAACAGUAUCUUCAGAAGAGCCACAAAGAAGUGGAAGGAUGAUGUCCAGCUUUGGCUUUCCCAUGUUGCCUUCUGUAAGAAAUGGGCCACCAAAGGACAGCUCAGCAAGGUGUACUCAGCUAUGCUCGCUAUCCACCCUGACAAACCAGCGCUGUGGAUCAUGGCUGCCAAGAGCGAGCUGGAGGACCGAGAGUCCUCUGAAAGCGCUCGGCACCUCUUCCUGCGAGCGCUGCGUUUUCACCCAAACAACAAGAAAGUCUACCAGGAGUAUUUCCGGAUGGAGCUGCUGCACGCUGAGAAACUGAGGAAGCAAAAGGCGGAGCUGGAGAAGGCGGAGAUUGACUUGGGUGAAUAUGAGUUUUCUCCUGAGAUCCUGAGCGGCAGACUGGCGGAAAUAGUGUAUAAAGAUGCUACAGGGAAAAUCAAAGAAGCAGAGUUCGUCAUCUCGUUGCUGAACAUAGCCGCCAUCUUUGACUUCACCAAGGAGCUCCAGGACUCCAUCCUGCAAGAUUUACAGACCAACUACGCAGCAGACGGCUUAAUGUGGGACUUCAUGGCCAGGAGGGAGUUGGAGGCGCCGGGGGUGGGGGAGGAGCUGCACAGCGCCAAAGCUCGGGCGUCGGACAUCAACCGCAAAGAGGAGCGCUGCUGCCUGAUUUAUGAGGAAGGCCUCAAGGUCGCCAGCACGGAACCCAUGUGGAGCUGCUACCUGGAUUUCUGCAUGGAAAGGAGGAAGAGAAAGACCAACGUCGAAGAGCUGAUGGAAAAGAGGCAGGAAAGGCUGCUGGGAGUCCUGCAGCGCGCCCAUGAUGCCUCGCUGCUGAAGGAGGAUUAUUACAAGAGCUGGCUGCAGAUCCUGCUUUCAUCUGGGGAUGCUGAGGGAGCCGCCAGCGUUGCCAUGGCAGCCACAGAGCGCUACCGCCAGUCGGUCACAAUGUGGAGUUUGAGUCUGCAAACACUAAUGGAGGUGGGAAGUGGAGACAUGGCCAGGUUUUUCCAGGAGGCUCUCACACAUGUCAACCCCAAGGAAAGCCUGCCUCUGUGGCAGCUGCAGCUUCAGUGGAGCAUGGCAACCCAAACUCCAGAAGAAACUGAAGCUAUCUUCAAGAGAGGUCUGCAGUCUGCAGUCCCCGCUAUCGCCAUGGAGAUGAAAGACGGCUUUCUCAAUUGGUCAUACUCCACUGGAGGAUACAAGAAAGCCAGGAAGACAUUUAAGAGCUUGCAAGAAAUCCGCCCCUUGUCCAAGGCCUUCUUCACCAGAAUGAUUGAGAUUGAGAAGGAACAAGAGACUCCUAAGAUGAACUAUCUGAGGGAAUACUACGAGAGAGCGCUGCAGGAGUUUGGCACCUCGGAUGAUGAUCUGUGGCUGCAGUACAUCCAGGAGGAGCUGAGCCCUCUUGGCCAGCCGGAGAACUGCGGGAAGAUCCACUGGAGGGCCAUGAAGUUCCUGGAAGGCGAAAGCGUGGAGAGAUUCAUUUCCAAAUACACCCUGUUUCAGACCGGACACUUGUGAGGGAAGGCUGGUGCUGACCGCCCGGUAUUACAGAAAUGUGUGAAACGACCACAUAACACGAUGGAGGCGCGGGAGGAGUUUACAGCAUGGAGAGCCGUUGGUUCACAGCUUGGGAAGUCUCGCACUAGGAGGCCAUGAUGACACGACUCAAGAAAAACUUCAUUCAUAUAAUUACAAAAAAAUCUAACUAAAUUGAAUACGACAGUCUGAGUAAAUAAAAACCAUGAAAACAUUUAUAUUUAGACAAUAAAAGAUUCUUGCUGUACCAGAAAUGACUUUUUUCCCACAUAUUUUAACAAGUUGGUCGAUUCACAUAUUUCUAAAGAGGAACAAAACAUUUCCUCUAUCUGCUUUUUGUCUGAGAGCUCUUUCAGAGUCGAGGAAUCCUGAUUUUUGCAUAACAGAGUGAAUAAAUUUGUCAUUUCAACUUUCGAGAGCCUGUUGAAGUUUGCCCCUCAAAUGUCAGAUUCUGAGCAGCUGUCAUCCUUCCGGAUCCAUCAGGGUUCUGUUUGUGUCAAAAAGUGUUUUCCAUUUUAACCGAACGGAUUCUUCAUGCAUUUCCCUUCAGUUUUCCUGAACCAGUCAGCUGUAAACUGAUAACCAAUGUUCCGAACACUUAGUUCCAGUUUAUUGAAUUCCACGUUUGUUAUUUUGAGAGUCCAAACAUUGUUAAUAUUAUCAAAUUAAAGUUUUCUCUCCGUC